CGUAUCAUCUUUUAUUCUUCUACUGAUCCUGUGUAUGUACUAUAAUUAUCGAAAACCACUUCUUGAGUACUUUUUUUUUUUUUUGGUUUUGGAGAGAGAGAUCAUGGAAAGAAGAGAUAAUAGUCAUGAGGAAGACGCGGAAGACGUCUCGCUCUGCGAUCUUCCGGUGCUCAGUUUGCUCAAAAAAGAUCAAGAAGAGAAGAGAACGCAACGUCCGGACGACGACGGCGGCGGCGGCGGCAACAACGACAACGAAGAAGCUAAAAACAACGUCCUGUUUGAAGCCCAUGAGGAAUUCGCCUUCGGCUCCGUAACCGGUGGCUCUCUCUCAACAGCCGCGGAAAUGUGCGCCGCCGAUGAGGUCUUCUUCCGCGGCCAAAUUCUACCCCUACGCCUCUCGGUCAGCUCCGACGCUUACACGACCCGGCUCGACCCGGCCCGGGAUUCCCGAUCGGAGUCCAUGGACCGCGGCUCGGUUGUCGGGUUCAGGAGCAUCAGCAGCAGGAGCAGCAGCUGUAGCAGCAGAAGCACACAGAACUCGUCGUCAGUUACAAGCGGGACGUUUAUAACCAUCACAAGAAUUGCUUCGGAACCAAGGCUCCGAACCCGAAACCAGUUCGGUUCUCACCCGAGCCCGAAACCGCAGAUCCGGGUCUCGAGCGCUCGAGGGCUGGAGAGAGUAAGUAGUGCUGGACGGAAGCAGAAAUCAUCGAUGUGGGACUUCUUCCGGCUCGGUUUGGUUCGCACACCCGACAUCGAAUUGCAAGAGAUUAAGGCAAAUCUCCGCGGUAAUAGCGGUAACAAAUGCACUAAUUACUCAGUUACACGGAGCAGCAGUGUUAAUAACAAUAAUAAUAACAACAAUUAUAGUACUAGUUGCGGAGAAAAUUCGAAUAAUAUUGCGGAAAAGCAGAAGAGAAGAAAUUUCUUAAGUGGAUGCAAGUGUUCGGCAGAGGCAGUUGCUUUCAAUGCUAUAGUUGCUAAGAGCAAAGGUAAUUGUGUUGCCACUACAAAUGGUGACGUUAAUGACGGAAUUAAUGGUACUACAAAGCAUGUUUCAGGGACGAAAGAGAAGGCAGAACUGAAGUCGAAUGGCGAUGUAACGACGUCGUCGAAGAUGAAGAGUGUUAGGCAAAGUGAUCGUGAUCAUGAUCAAAACAAAAGGCAAGAGGGAUCAUCAAGAAAGCAAGCCGUGUCACAUCACCGAACGUAUGAAUGGCUAAAGCAGCUUUCGCAUGCAAAUCCUCCUAUGCAUGUCUAAAGAGAAGAAG